GGCGUUUCAAACUUAGCCGACCUGCUGUAUUGUCUUGUCUACGCCUACGUCUCGUCGUCGACGCAAGGUUUCUGCUCGGGCUCAUUUUAGGUAGCGCGGCAGAGCUCAACAAAGCAACACCCACGUCGGCAGCACGUUUGCAACCGAACCUAGCAGGAGACGGUGCAUUUACGGCCAGCCCAAUGGCGCAGACUCGUCAAGAGAAAUUGGCCGAGUUUCUCAGCUCGCCGUUAGUGAAAUGGAUUCGCACGUUUGAGGGACUGGCACCGUGCGACUCCGUAUCAGCGUUGGCCGAUGCUGAGCUGCUGAAUCAUAUCAUGCAAGAAGUAGAUUCCUCGUCUGUGAGUUUGGCGAAGUUGAACAAGAAGGUGGACGGAGAUCGCAUGAGACGCGCUCAGAAUUUGCACUAUCUACUCGAAGGCAUUCAGAAUUACUAUGCGGUGAAGCUGGAGCAGGUCAUCAUCAUGCGUUUACCUGAUCUGCUGGCCAUUUGCAGAGAUCCAGAGAACGAUGAAAGUCUGUAUGAAAUGGAGAAGAUGUUGCUUCUAUUACUGGGCUGCUCUGUCCAGUGUGAAAACAAGGAGGCAAUGAUUCAGCAAAUCCAGCGUCUGCAAAUGAGCGUUCAACAUGCUGUGGUCACCCACAUCAAAGAGGUAACAGACAACCCAGACAAUGUUUAUUCGUUUGAAUGGGAGGACAUUGAAGCAAUGUCUAAGGCGCAACUGGAGGCAGAGUGUAGGCGUAUGUAUUUGUAUCUUCAGAAGUUAUCUAAGGAGAGAGAUGAGUAUCAUAUGGCAAGGAUUGAUUUAUCACAUGAGAGAGACUUCUACAUGGAGCAGUAUUCAAUGGUAGCAAAUGUGAAAAGGACACCAUCAAGAACUCCAUCAUUUCUUCGAUCUCCACCAGAUCAGUCAGAGCUAGAAACUCAACAAAUAGCAGACUUGAAGAAAAAGCUUCGAAUGCAACAAGAGCAGUUGGAUGCCAAAACUGUGCAGCUUCAAGAAGUGCAGGAAGAACUGGAAAAGCACAAAGAACAAGUCCAUCGUCUUCACAACGAGAAAAGGCAACUGUCGAAAGAUGCUCAGAAGGUUCGAGUGUACAAAGAUGAAGUAGAAAUGCUGAGAGCCAAGGCUUUUGAGGUGGAUCAGUUGCAGGCUGAGAACAAGAAACUUCGGGAUAUGGUUGAAGAUGUUGACUAUUUAAAGAAGAAAGUCCAGGUGUCUUUGCUUUGCUAUUGUUAAUCCAUAAGUUUUCGUACGUGGCUAUUUUUAUACAUUGAC